UUGUGACCUAAAUUAUUAGAUCGGGUUACAUUGCCGAGUAUGCCCAUGGUUUGUUGGCUGGUGGCCUUUCCCAAAUCUAGCGAGAGACAGAGAGAAGGCAAAAGUGGCAGGAAAAAAGGGGCGAGCGUGGGCAGCGGUCGUUUACCACCAUACAAACACAAUCAUUUUUAUUCUUCACGAGAAAAAGCUCGCCCGAUUGAUUAUUUUUCUUUUUCUCUUUUUGAUUUUUGGCUCCCUGCCUAUUGUUUACAUAUAUGUGUACUGUUGCAUGUGGAAUUUUUCCGAUUUUGCUACAGAAAUAAAACAGAAGGAUGAAUAGAGCUAAAAAGAAAAGGGUGCAGCGGAGUUGAACCUGAGCUGGCCCUUUCUGGGCGUCAAUAGAAACAACAAAAAUGUCGGAUGGCCUUUGUUUUUUCUCCAAGGAGAACUUUAUCAUUAAGCCUCCUAAGAAGAAUCCUCUGGUGCUGAGAAUGCUGGUUUUGAUUUUUGUGAUGGUUUGCGGAAUUUAUAUAUGUUCGGUGUAUCUUAAGCAAAUUGGGGGAAAGUUGACUGGAAAUUCAUUGAGAGUUCAAAUUGUGGAAAGACCCUGUGAAGCAUCUGAUAUUGAGCCUUCAGAAAAACCUUACUUCCAUUUUCCAAAACCAAUGACUUUCAGCAGGGAAGAAUGUACAUGCAAUCCUGUACGUUAUUUUGCAAUUUUAUCCACUCAGAGAUCUGGGAGUGGAUGGUUUGAGACAUUACUAAACAGUCAUAUCAACAUAAGCUCCAAUGGCGAGAUAUUCUCAGUGAAGGUCCGAAGGAGUAACAUCUCGACAAUCACAGAUACUUUGGAUACACUUUAUAAUUUAGAUUUUCGUACGAGUGCCUCGAAAAAUGAAUGCAUCGCUGCUGUUGGGUUGAAAUGGAUGCUUAACCAGGGCUUAAUGCAACAUCACGAAGAAGUUGCUGAAUACUUCAAGAUGAAAGGUGUUUCGGCAAUUUUCCUUUUCCGCAGAAAUCUUUUGCGCCGGACGGUUUCAAUACUCGCAAAUUCAUACGACCAGAAAGCUAAGCCACUUAAUGGGACCCACAAAUCUCAUGUGCACUCGACCCACGAGGCGGAGAUACUUGCGAGAUACAAACCAACUAUAAAUACAUCACUGCUUAUACCAGACUUGAGGCAAGUAGAAGAUCUCAUGAGCAAAUCCUUGCAGUAUUUCAACAGCACUCGGCAUAUCAUCCUCUACUAUGAGGACAUAAUAAACAACCGUACGAAACUGGUGGAUGUUGAAGACUUUUUGAAGGUCCCUCGAAGUGAACUAAAGACGCGUCAAGUGAAAAUACAUAAAGGACCCUUGUCUUCACAGGUUGAAAAUUGGGAUGAAAUCAAGAAGACAUUGAGUGGAACUCCUUACGAGAGCUUUUUACAGGAAGAUUACAAGAUUUAACUGUUGUGCAGGCCGUUUUUGUAUAGCAUGCUCUUUGUAGACUUAACUUAUUCGUUGAUUCUUUUGCUGAGAAACUCACAUGAUAUAUAAUGUCCUGUUGAAAAUUUUGGCCUUCUCUUUAAGCCACCCAUCGGACAUUGGAAAAGUGGUGCAGUAGAAUUAAUUUUGUGCACCUUUUAGUUGACAAACAAAAAUGUUGUUUAAGGAUACUUGUAAUUUUUAGGGAUAGAUGUUUUCUUUCAUUUAUUUACACUAAUGAGUUAUUUAGGAGUAGUUUUUAUGGAAAAAGCUUUGCAUUUGAACUGUGGCAAUUUUUACAAAUAUUUCUUGUUAUACACUGCUGGUGUUAUAGGGAGC